AUGACCGCACGUAAAGCCAACAGCCCCAAUGCACAGCCCGUUCCGCAAGCGAUCUCUACGCCUAAGCUGAAGACCGAAGACUUCGGAGACCGCAUCGAUUUCCUGAACUUCGGAUACGAUGAUUUCGAGCCCAAAACGCCAGAGGAGAGGUUGAUGAAAUACCGAGCCGAUGUUGAGUUGUCCAAAGUGCAUGCGAAGCGCUACAAGCUUAUGGCAGAUCGCAAAACGAAAGACUUCUAUAUGGACAAGGUACCGCAUCGGAAGGACGAAACUGGAGACAGCCUCGACUUCCUGAACAGAUACGCCGAUAUAAAGCCCAUGACACCGGAGGAAAGGUUGAUGAAGCUUAAGGCCGAUGUCGAAUUCUCGAAGACACAUCAAGAUCGGUACAGGUUCAAGACUGCUGAGCUGUUGUUCGAGGGUAGAGCGAUAUUUGCGCAGCUCAUGGUGGAUGUUCAGGAGUCUCGAUUGAAGAUCAGAAUCGGAAGCUACCCGAAACUCAGGGCCAAGAAGCGGAUAGACCGCAAGAUCGACCGGACUCCUCCCAGGACCAAAGUGAACGACGCGCAAAUACCGAUGGAAGAAGAUCUAAACACACUGAGCAAAGAGAUGAAUGUCUGA